GGGGCAGAAAGCCGAGAACCGGAGACAGGGCACGACCAACUUCCACACAGAACACCGGAAAAGUCGGGAAAACACAUCUGUGCCCACAUGACGCUGUGUUUAGGGGCCUGCAUGUGUGUUUUGUUUGAAGCUGUGCGCGUUAGCGGGGGCAGCAGUUCGCUGGAGCGCUGGUGAAGUUGUGGCCGCCACUUGGCUGCUGUCGAUGCGGUGGAGGAGCGCUGCUACGCCGGGACGUUUCACUGCGAUGGAGAACGACUACUGACCCCAUUUAGGAUUGUUUUUCUUGGAUUUAUCCCCGUUAAAUCGAUCUGGUUUGUUUCCCGUUGGAGUCCCUCUCGAUUUAUCUAGUAUUGUGGAUUAAUAAACAGUUGGAAAAUGCCUGGAAAAACCAAAUAUAACCUGGUUGAUGAUGGGCAUGAUUUAAGGAUCCCAUUGCACAACGAGGAAGCAUUCCAGCAUGGGAUCAACUUCGAGGCAAAGUACAUCGGCAGCCUGGAUGUGGCGCGGCCAAGCAGCCGAGUGGAGAUCGUGGCAGCAAUGAGAAGAAUACGGUAUGAAUUCAAGGUGAAAAACAUCAAGAAGAAGAAAGUAAACCUUGUGGUGUCUGUAGAUGGUGUCAAGGUAACCUUGAGGAAAAAGAAAAAAAAAAAGGAGUGGACAUGGGACGAGAGCAAGAUGAUGGUGAUGCAGGAUCCCAUUUACAGGAUAUUUUACGUGUCACAUGACUCCCAGGAUCUGAAGAUCUUCAGCUACAUCGCCAGAGAUGGACAAAGCAACGUCUUCCGUUGCAAUGUCUUCAAGUCCAAGAAGAAGAGUCAGGCCAUGCGUAUCGUUCGGACAGUCGGCCAGGCAUUUGAGGUUUGUCAUAAACUGAGUCUGCAGCAUACACAUCAAAACGCUGAUGGACAGGAGGACUCAAACGGCGAAAAGAACGGCAUUGACUCCUCUGUUGCAGGCGUGCGUGCUUAUCCAUCUGUAUGUGUGUGUACUCUUCUCGGCCCAGCUCAGGAACAAUCAGCCACUGAGAAGACGCCAACCGUCGCCGAGGAGACAGACAUCGAUGCAGAGGAGGCGAACCAGUUACCAGGAGUAGAGGAUUUGAACCUCAACAGAGGAGUGACGGAUCUGGACGCCACUGCCAAAACGACCGACCUAAACCACUCAGAGAACAAGGCUUCAGAAGAGGCUUCUCUGCUCUUGUCCAGUCCCAGGAUGCUGCUCCCAGCACUGGGCACACUGGUGCCACCCGGUGCCCCCUUGUCAGUCCACCACCAGAUCCAGCUGCUCCAGCAGCAACUCCAGCAGCAACAGCAGCAGACACAAGUGGCUGUAGCACAGGUCCAUCUCCUGAAGGACCAGCUGAGUGCCGAGGCCACGGCUCGGCUGGAAGCCCAGGCUCGAGUCCACCAGCUGCUGCUGCAGAACAAAGACCUGCUGCAGCACAUCUCCCUGCUGGUUAAACAGAUCCAGGAGCUGGAAACCAAGAUGGCAGGACCAAAUUCCAUGGGUUCCCAGGACAGUUUGUUGGAGAUCACCUUCCGGUCAACGGUGCCACCGGUGAUCUGCGACCCCACCACACCCAAACCCGAGGUAUCAGCCGUCAACCUGCCAGCACUCAGCGACGGGACCAGCAACGCCUUUUCUUCUUCCAAUGGGACUGUAGGAAGCCCACUAGUUGAUCAAAGUAUGUUUGAGAACUCCACUGCCCAGCAGCAGAGUCCUCAGAUCUCCAGACCCGGUCAGCCCUCCACUCGACGCUCUGCAGCAUCAGUUAAUUCCAACCUGGGGUCCAGUUGCAUCGACUCUCCAUCUUCUGGAGGACAGCAAAGGCUGAAAAAUGCUAUUAACCUGGGGAAGGCAGUCGGGGCAAAGGUCAACGACUUGCUGAGAAGAAAAGAGCCCAGCCAUCUCGGGGACAUCGGAGUCACCGAGGUCAACAAGAAUGUCGGCGCGGUGUGGAGCUGCAUGGACCAGCUCAGCCAGACUACUGCAAACAGUCACAUCUCACCUUUCGACUCUUUCCCUCGGCUGGACCCGCCACCGCCGUCAGGGAAGAAGCGCCUCCCUCGAGCACUGAAGACGACCCAGGACAUGAUGAUCUCCUCUGACCCCGUGGUCUCCUCCCCAGACGCUGCUGACUCUCCCUCCUUCCUCCCAUCCCCUGAAAAGACACCUCUCACCACUAAGGACGAAACGAGGAACGAUGAAGAGCAACCACAGGGAGAGAAGGAGGAAGAGAGAUCGGCCGAUGUCGCGUCCAGCCCGGCGGAGGACGAAGGUGCAGUGGAGUCGGAGACGGCAGAGAUCAACUGCAAGGCUGAUGGAGAGAUGGGAGGAGAGGAGGGUGAUGCAGAAGAAGGGAGCACAGAGGGAGGUGUGGAGGAACAUCAGCAUCAGCUUCAGCUCUCUGUGCCUGAUCUCAUCAACAAAGAUCCUCCUCUGGAGUCCAGAGCCAAACCCUGCGACGUCUGGCAGAAGGCAUCUGGGCCAGACUCCCGGCUGGCUUCCACUCCCUGCUCGGGUAAAACUUCCUGCCGCAUCAGCCUGGGGGAGGACGUCCUGCUGGGGAACGGCGCCCCCUGUAGUAAAGGCACCGGAGCAAGCGCAGACGAUGCAGAGCCUCAUCCGGACCUGCUGUCAUUCGAGUAACACACACAGAGCUGGAGCUGAAUACCAGCCGAGAUGGAAAGCUUGGAACUUUGUCCUUUUGAAAUCCAACCAACAAAUACCUGUGGAGGCAACUCAGACUGCAUCAAGUAUUACAAAUCAAUAUUAAAAUAUUUACUGCCACUUUUAAAUGCAUAACCCACCCUACUGGGGAGGGGGGGCUUCACUUUAGGAAAAGGGAACAAGUUCAUCCAAAAAACGAUACAGAAUCUGUCACUUAUCUACUUUUAUCAGCUACUUAGAGAUGUAAACAAAUUUUAAAAUCAACCAACAUGGCUGAUCUCUGCUCAGACACUACUUAUUUUGUAUGAAUGAAAAGGAAAAUUGGCAUUAGAUGGAUGACACGUAGCAGCAGAGAACGAAAUGUUUUAGUGUAUUUAAAGUUUUAGAAAAACAAAUGAUAAAAUGUUUUUUAAGAAAAAAUUCUGAUUUAUUUACUAUGUAUUAUGCUUUCGCUCUUUAAGGUGUCAUGUCUGCUUUAGUUAUGCAAUGACAACCAGAAUAUGUAACAAUGAAUGUUAAUACUGUGAUGAAAUAUCCUUUAAAUGGGCUGAAGAGUCAAUCAAACCUUUAUUAAUAUGAUUUUAGUUUCAUUUAAAGGACGUUUCAUUAAAACCUGGUUAUGAAUCGUACAAAAGCUGCUGCAAUAAAGCCAACUAGAAACUGCAUCUAAUAUAAGUUAUAUAGCAACGUUUAUGUUUAGUAGGUUUUAACUCUGCAUUAAGGGUUUUCAUUUGAACACUGGCUCAGGAGAAGAGAAAGAAAGUGGAAAAACUGAAUGGAUGUGAACGUGUUUGAGAUGGGAAAGUUUAGGUGAAGUUCAAUUUCAGCUCACUCAGUGUGAAUGUCAAGCAGCAGGACAGGAAGCCUUCAUUUAAUUGAAUAAGAAAUUCUUCCUGAUCUCUUUUUUGUUCCAGCAGCCACACAGCAGCAUCACUUUCCCCCUGCACAAACAGCAACCCUUAUAUUUAAUGUUUUGAUAUUCUUUUUAUUUAUUCAUUUAAAAUUUUCUGCUGUGUGACCACAAAAAAAAAAAACAUGUAAAAGAGGCUGCUAAACUGAUCAGAGCAAACUGAUCCAGUUUCAGGCUGAUGAUAUCUGGAUGGAUGAGCUGUUGUCCAGCGGUGAGUGAUCUGAAAGUGACUUCUACUCAGACGGAUGUGUGCAUGGGUGGGAAAUUAGAGGGUGAGAAGUGCUUUUUGAGCCAAAGAGAGGUGAGAUAAUAAGCUGUCAACAGAAAGAGAUGAAAGAGCUGCAUUUUAUUUGAACAGAUCUUAACGUGACAGACCAAAGAUGGAAAUUAAUGACUCCAUCAGACAGGUUGUUGUCAUUUUGUUUGUCUGAAGGAGACAAAAGAAGCAAUAAUAGAGAGAUUUUAUCUCCUUUGUUUCCACUUUGUCUACUGAUGAAAAGGUGAAAACCAAAGUGAAUGCUUUUGUUUUAAUCCUCUGGUUUUUCUAAGACCUUCUUUUUGUGCAUCCAGAUAUUUUCAAUGAAAUUCUUUGAGCCAUGUAUGUGCACACCUUAAAAAUUUGAAGUGGACUUAAAGACUGAGAUUCCCCAGCAGAUAGCGAAACAGACUGAGUCAGGUCAUAUCCAGCAGAAAGAGAGGAAUCUGGAGGACUUCAUGAGAAGAGUUUGUCUGCAAAGUGAAUAUUUUUAAAUAGUAAGAACUGCAGAAAUAAUUUAGCUUUAAAAUUUUUAGCAAAACCAACCCUGUAGGAUUAAAUGGAGAAAACAUAUUCAGUGACUCUGUUUAUAUGGGAUCCAGCACUUGUGUUUUGGGAAUGUUCACUCCAAAAGAGGCCAGGAUAUGCUGCCAUGUCUACAACUCCUCUAGGUUCCUGAGUAUUAUUUGCUGACACACAUUAUAGAGGCUGAAAAUGAGAAGAACCCAGAAACAUAAAUGACCAUAUUUGCAGGGAUGUGAGUAAGCAGGUUUCUGCUGUCCACAUAUUGAAGAUAUGAUGAAAGCAGAAUGCUUGUGUGCAUGCAACACCUUCAGUGACAAUUUCAACCUAACAAUCGACAACAGGGAACCUCAAGAGCCGCUGUCCUGCAGGUUAGGUGUUUCCCUGCUGCAAUGCAUCUGACUCGAAUUAAAGAGUCGUAAGUUUGGCUCAGAACUUGACAACAAGCUGUUGGAGCACCGUUUAAUUUGGAUCAGGUGUGUUGCAGCAGAUAAACAUCUAAAAUCUGCAGGACAGUGGCUCUCACAGACCGGAGUUGGUGAUCCCUGAUCUACACUCCAUAUUAGAACUAAUUUGGGACAUUUAUUCAUUCAGCUAACUGACUUUUAAGUCCUCGAUCUUCAUUAUGCAAUGUUACAAUCAACAUUUCAGGUAGGUUAGAAAAACAAGUGGCUCUCAUGUUAAAAUAACCUAAAUUACUGCUCUGGUUUUUGUGUUCUUAUCGGACCCAAACAGCAGUGGUGAGAAAUUAUUGUUGCUGUAUAUUUAAUUAAAAUAAUUCCUGUUUUACCUUCUAGCCUGUUGAGUCUGCAGAUGUUUUCAGUGCUCGGCUCUGUGAUCGUUGUAUCAGCGAUGUUAACUUGCUAAACUUAACAUGUUAACAGGCUAAAAAAAAUAAUAUGAAAAAGCAGUUUGGCAUAGCAGCUGCUCAGAUAAGCAGAAAUGUUUGUUUUCUUUGAAACAAAGUUAAUUUCCACUCUGAAAUCCAAAAUCCACAGAAAUGUGUUUUUUUUUUUUUUUUUUUUGCUGCUGAAGGCAAAGAUGUGUUUUGUUUUUUGUAUUUUCUGAGUAUGUCCAGUGUUUCUUGCCGUAGCAAAUGAAGGAAUGUGAUUUAUUUGAUAUUCAGUCAUAGACUAGUUCUGUGUCAUUUAGCUGCUUCAGAUUUUUCUUCCUGUUUUUAUGUUGAUAAAACUUUUUAAAGCCAGUCAAAAUUUUAUAGCAAUUUUGACGAAUGAAGGAAGCGCAAAGCUGCACAUGAAGUCUUUCAGAAACAAGGGAAAGGGGAAUUUUUAUCAAUCCUAUUUUUGAACUGUUGGAAAUUAAGUAAAUUCUAUCAUUUUUUGUAACAAGGUGAAAAUGAAAUUGGUUUAGCCUUUUCUUUUACUACUACACCUUUUCAAGUGGGGGAGUAAUCAUUUCCUGCAUUAUCUGUAAUCUUAUAAAAAUGGACUUAAUCGUGA